AUGGCUCAAGACUCAACCGAUGCCUCCGAGCGGCCUCCACUACCCUUGGAACUUCGUGCCGCGACGCGCGAAAAGCAUCACGCUUUAAACACCGAAAUAACAAAGCGGCUACCAUUAUGUUUAUCCCCACAAGUGGAAAGUCCAGUCGUUUACGCCAAAGGUAUGGCUGCAUUUGGCCAGGUUUAUUUUGCCUUUGAGGACGUCCUCGCCACGUCGAAUGCCGGCGGGCACCUCGAGCCUCGCCUCCAGGAAAUUUACGAGAUCAUACACGUGCCUCAGCUCAUAAGGACAAGCCGGCUACGAAACGACAUUGAUGUGAUCAAAUGCAGGCUAGACAAAGCCGCUGUGGACGAAAUACAGUCCGUGGAGGAGGAAGCGAAGGCCUUCUACACGCGGAUACACGACCUUUUGUCUUCGAAGCCUCACGUACUGCUGGGAUAUGCAUGGGCCAUGUACCUGGCUCUCUUCAAUGGCGGCCGCUGGAUCCACAGGCAGCUGGUCUCGCAGGGUUCUGGCUUUUGGCGGGGAGAGCCGUUUCCCCUAUCGUUCUGGGAAUUCGAAGGUAACGGCAAAGACGAUCCUGAAGGCGACCACCUCAAAGUGCUGUUUCAGGAGAGAUUUAACUCUGCGGCCUCCCUUCUUCGAUGCGAAGAGAAAGAUGAUGUUGUCAAUGAGACCAUUCAGUUAUUCAAGCUUUGUUCCGAGAUUGUGCAUGUUCUGGAUGACAAGAUGGCCGCCGCAGCGUCGACCACGGUUCCCACUCCGUCGUCCACUCCCGCAGAUUCUGAAAUCCACAGCUCUCUUGGAAUAACCUCGCCAAUUGCCGCAACCUGGGGUUAUCUGGCAUCCUCGUAUUCAUCACUAAGAAGGCUGGCCAACUGGGCGUGA